CAUUCUCCUGUCAUUUUAGCCUACCGAACACCCUUCACCCUGAACUUGGUUUGGAUUACAAAAUCAGUCUAUCAUUCAAGUUGCAGUGCAGGGAAUUUGACUGUUGUUUUCCUGUCACUCUUCCCUUGCAAAAAAAGAAAAAAAAAAGAAAGGAAAACCUACCUCUCUACAUAAGUCCGGUCUCCUAUACAUGUGGAGGAGAGAGAGAAAAGGCCCUGGAGGGUUAAAAAGCAACUGAGAAAAAUGGCUGCAGAAGAUGAGAAGAAUACAAACCUCCUCCAGGAAGUUUGGAAGAGAAAAGAAAAUGCCAUGUGUGCAGAUUGCGGGCAACCUGUUUCUGGCCCAGCACGGGAAUGCACUGGCUAAAGCAACGUAUGAGGCUCAUGUACCUGUUUAUUAUUACCGCCCAUCUUACAGUGACUGUCAAGUCCUGAGAGAACAAUGGAUACGAGCAAAGUAUGAACGGAAGGAAUUCCUGGAGCCAAAGAAACAAGUUCUUGAUUCCAACGGCCUGAAGGAAGGGAUCCUGUGGAAACGAGGCCGUGAUAAUGAACUAUAUCAGCCACGCAGAUUUCUUCUGUCUGAGAAAGAGAGAUGUCUGAGAUAUUUCGUCAAACAGGAUGCAAAAGAACCCAAAAUAGAAGUUAAAAUUGACACUGUCAAUGCCAUGUUCCAGACAGAAAAGAUGAGGCAUUCCAAUGGCUUGCAGAUCACUUAUCUUAAACAUAACAAGACUCGCAACAUCUUUGUUUAUCAUGAAGAUGGGAAGGAAAUUGUGGACUGGUUCAAUACAAUCCGUGCUGUAAAAUUCCACCACCUUAAAGUUGCUUUUCCUGGAGCUAGUGAUCAGGAGCUAAAAACCCGAUUGACAAGGAAUUUCCUAAGAGAAGGUUAUAUGGAAAAAACUGGACCCAAGCAGAAGGAAUGUUUCAAGAAGCGCUGGUUCAGUUUAGAUCACCGAAGGCUGAUGUACUUCAAAGAUCCUUUGGAUGCUUUUGCUAAAGGUGAGGUUUUCCUUGGCAAUGGGGAGCAAGGAUAUAAUGUCAUAAAAGGAUUGCCACAUGCCAUGCAGGGUAGGUUCACCUGGAAACAUGGCAUCAUUAUUGUAACUCCUGACCGCAAGUACAUCUUCACCUGUAAAACGGAGAAAGAGCAGGAAGAAUGGAAAGCUGUCUUCAGCCAUGUGAUGGAGCAGCCCAUGACACCCCAGGAGUAUGCAAUUGAAGCUAAUUUCAGGAUCAAACAUUAACAUCUCUGGGGAAGAGUGAGUCACUGCUAGUUUCUUGGUCUACAGUUUUUGGAUAACACAGAAGAAAAGAUAUUCUGGAGUCAAAGCAGCCUAUGCAUUCUCUCAGAGCAGAAAGAAGUGUUGAAAGAAAUAAAAUCCUCUUAGACAGCCCUCUGCCAAAAUACUGCUGGACGCCUGGCCCUCAAAAUCCUCUGUCAUUUUGACCCUGAACUACACUUGGUAUAGAAAUAAGCAGCACGAAGACUGAUGUAAAGCAGCUGAUGGAUGCUACUGCAGUGCCCUACAAUAAAUUGAACGUUUUGUUUUGCAUUGACCAAAACGUGCAUAUUCCCACCUUGGUGCUACCACUGCUUGCUGCCGAUUGGCCACUAUUUGUUCUCCUUGCUUGGUGUUAUGAUAGAAGCAAAGCAAAUUUUGGAACCAGAAGAAGGAUCAUUAGCCUGGAAAGUAAACUUUGCACACUUGAAAAAUGGUUUGGAAUUAUCUGUCUUUUUUAGGCUUCCAUGCAACCCUGAAAAAAGAUAUGUCUGUUUUAAUUGUUCAGUUGUGACUUUUAAAGCAGCUGAAUCUUUUUUCCCCCUCAGAUACGCACACACAAGAAUAGCAGGAAGCUUUACUAAACAGUAGGAAAAUGAGAUGGAAGAUUCAUAGCACAUUUCUUUCAAAACAUUUUCAAAAUUUCUGUCCUGGAAGCUAUGUCCUAAAAGAAGAGAUUGCAGAAACUGGAUAUGUUUAGCCUUGAAAAUGAGGGUGGUAUAGGGGUGAAAUCCAGCAGGUUCUGGCAGGUUCUGGAGAACCGGUAGCGGAAAUUCUGAAUAGUUCAGAGAACCAGCAAAUAUCACCUCUGGCUGGCCCCAGAGGGGGUGGGACUGGAGAUUUUGCAGUAUCCUUCCCCUGCCACACCCACCAAGCUACACCAUGCCCACCAAGCCACGCCCACAGAACCGGUAGUAAAAAAAAAUGAAUUUCACCACUAGGGUGGUAGAUGGGGAAUAUGAAAACUGCCGAUUUCUGAGAUUGGUGAUGAAAUCCUGGCUGAAUUAAAGUAGAGGCAGAAUCAUAGAAAUAUAAGGCUUGCUGUAAUAUGAGUUCUUGCAUUGAUUAGGAGCUGUUUUUAAUUGUCUAAAAGCUUCUUUUAAAUCUGUGGUUCUCCAAACCACAUCACAUCUGUCAUAGACCACUGCAUAAGAUGAUGAGCAUCCUGAUUAGAUCAAGACAGAUAUCGGGUAUGAUUUGACUAAAACAAACAUAUUUUAUUCCAAAUAUAUUUAAAAUAUCCUAAAAUUACAAUGCUCCACAAACAAUUCCAUGUGUCCCAUUUUUUAACACUUAAAUUUAUCAAAAGGGAAAUUCUUUUCAGUGCCAGCCAACCUUUUCUGUUAUACCAAGGGUCGGCAACCUUAAACACUCAAAGAGCCACAAAGGUCCUAACCUGAAGCCCCCCGUUCAAUUCUG